AUGCUUAAGAGUUAUCACAGCUGGCAAUACAGAUUGUUCGUUCUUUUUAUAUGUUCUCAUAAAAAUUAUAUUACUGCCAGGGGAAAAGGUGAUUAUCAGAUUGACUAUGUGCCAGCACCGCGAUUCACUGAAGCAGACAAAAACAAUGAUAAAAGGUCAUUACAAAGAGCUCUUGAUAGAAGACUCUACCUUCUCCUCUAUGGUAAGGCACAUGGGGCUCCAAGCAGAAAGCCUGUGUGGCAUUUUCCUGAGAAAGUUUAUGAAUCUGAGGACACCAUGCGCAAGUGUGCAGAGUCUGCAUUGGAAUCAAUCAUAGGAGAUCUUUCUAAUACAUAUUUUGUUGGAAAUGCUCCAAUGGGCCAUAUGGUUGUUCAGCCUUCAAAAUACCUGUCUGGAUCCACAUCUUUUAAGAGAUUCUUCUUCAAGUCUCAAGUAAUUGCUACAAACAAGUUCAACAUUGCAAAGUGCAAGGAUUUUGUCUGGGUGACAAAGGAUGAAUUGAUGAAGAUGAAGAUGUCAAUGGUUCGAUCUCUCUUGACAACGCGAGGAUUCAGCACAAGCUCUGAGAAGCUUGUUGCUUCUGUGCUCUUUGAGAGACUGCCAGUGGUCAUUCCCAAAAUUGACCCUGUAGUUUAUGCAUUUCAAGAAUUCUCGUUUCGAUGGCGACAACAAUAUCAACGCAGAUAUCCUGAUGAAUUUCUAGACAAGUCUGAUGCAAGGGGAAAAGGUGAUUAUCAGAUUGACUAUGUGCCAGCACCACGAUUCACUGAAGCUGACAAAAACAAUGAUAAAAGGUCAUUACAAAGAGCUCUUGAUAGAAGACUCUACCUUCUCCUCUAUGGUAAGGCACAUGGGGCUCCAAGCAGAAAGCCUGUGUGGCAUUUUCCUGAGAAAGUUUAUGAAUCUGAGGACACCAUGCGCAAGUGUGCAGAGUCUGCAUUGGAAUCAAUCAUAGGAGAUCUUUCUAAUACAUAUUUUGUUGGAAAUGCUCCAAUGGGCCAUAUGGUUGUUCAGCCUUCAAAAUACCAGUCUGGAUCCACAUCUUUUAAGAGAUUCUUCUUCAAGUCUCAAUUAAUUGCUACAAACAAGUUCAACAUUGCAAAGUGUAAGGAUUUUGUCUGGGUGACAAAGGAUGAAUUGAUGAAGUAUUUUCCUGAGCAAGCUGAAUUUUUUAACAAGAUGAUCAUUAGUUGA